UUUUGUGGUUCUCCCAUGAGAAAACGUCAUGUAUUCUGGAUAGGUUCUCCCAUGUGCGCCAUCGCCACAACGUACCCAGCUCAGCUAGCCCUAGACUCCCCCAGCCAGACCAACUCAACCAGAGUAGAAACCACCAGCCAGCGGAAAGAGAGGGGGGCAUGGCUGAGCUCGCCACCGGAGCCGUGAGCUCACUGUUGGUCGUCAUCCGCAGCGAGGCGCUGCUACUGCGUGGCGUCCGGGAUGAUGUGCAGUUCAUCAAGGAGGAGAUGGAGAGCAUGAAGAGCUUUCUGGCGCACCUGGCCAGGUGGGCACCCCCAGGUGGCGAGCAUGACGAGCAGGUGCGUACCUGGAUGAACCAGGUGCGGCUGCUCGCCCAGGACUGCAACAACUGCAUCGACCUGUACCUGUAUCGGAGGAACCCCGAUAUCCACCGCGCGAGAGGCGGUCUCCGGCGCUACCUCUGGUGGGCAACCUGGUUACUGCACAAGCUGGUCGCGCAGCACCGCGCGGCCGAGCAGCUGCGCCAGCUCAAGGAGCGGGCGCGUGACGUCGGCGAGCGGCGGUUGAGGUAUGGCGUGGAGGUCCCGGCCAAGUCAGGGGAGGGGCAAUCGCCUCCGGCACCUGGGCUAGCAGGGGCGGCACCUUCAGCACGGACUGCUGUGCGAGGUGGUCAUGCUGCUGGGGACGAUGACGGUGAAGAAGAGGGUGACGAUCAACUCAUGGGGGCAAUGACAAUCGGCGGUCAUUCUGGUGGUCGAAGAGCCUUCAUUGAGCCUCGCACUUUGGACGACUACGUCAAGGCAAAGCUACGUGAUUGGGUAGAUGAAACUCCUACAGAAGCCGGCGAGACUUUAUCCGUGGUCCUUGUGGCACCGAACACUUAUCAGGACCUUCUGGCUCUCAUACAAGAAUAUUUGGUUUUUUCAUCGGAUUCAGACCUCGACUCUCAUCCCUCGGUUUUGCCAGUGGAGAACGGCUACAAUCGCUUUGUCUUGGUUGACAUCCCGGCCGUGCACCCAAAGUUUAUGCGGCUACGACCCAAGGAAGUUCUCUUCUACAUUCUGCGCGAGCUCAGGCAAAGCACAAAAGGCAGAGUGGGAAAGAAGUAUCUUGACCCCUUGGAAGUUCAUGUAAGAAGAUUCCAAAUUUACAAUCAAAUUCACAGUGAAAAGAAGAGGGCUCUUGCUCUUCUCAAAAUCAAGGAGAAGAUCAAAAAGAUGAAGAUUUAUGAAAAGCUUGACAAAAUCAAAAGUGAUAUUCAAGGUCGACUACAAAGGGGCGACAAACUACCACAGCUGCAGGGUGAGUUUCACCAGCUGCACCUAGACGUACUCCUUCAGCUGCUGCUCCAGGCAGCUGUUGCUGCGUCUCAACAAGACCAAGGGAAGAACAAUGACAUGCAAAUGUUACCAGAAUGGGACAACAUCAACAAUAACAUCAUCGUCAAGAAGCUUAAGGAGCAUAUGGAGGAGGGGGGCGGAGGAGGAGGAGGGGAAAUCGGAAGUCAGCAGCCGACAUGGAUUCACCUCGAUGAGGCACAAUAUGCACACAUCCUGUGGAAGCUGUUCUCCAAGGGCUGCUCCAGCAGCAAGCCCCUGCAGGCUCAGGACAGAUGGUCGGACAAGCAAGCUACAAAGACCACAACGGCGGACAAGCAAGCUACAAAGACCACCACUGCUGAAUUGGGUGAGGAUCAAAUCAAACCAAUGAUCCACAAUGCAAAGGAAGGCACCUUACAGGAGCUGCAGAAAGGCGAGUAUGACAAGAGUGAAGGGACAGCUGAAUCUGGUAGUGUUCCGGAUCAAAACCCAGAAACUGUUUCUGAAAAAUUCGGUCAGAUGAUGGAGAAAUUAAAGCAGGAGUUCAAAGAGCAGCUCAAGAUCAAAGGUCUCGUGGACGAGAUUAAGCGUAAUUUGGAAUAUAUUUCGGACUGGAAUUGUUAUGAAUGUCCUCUGUUUAUCCUCAGAGUUGAUGAGCUGAUGGAUAUUGCCACAUGGGAGGGUACCAGAAAUGCUUUGAGCCUGCUAAACUGCAGUGCCGAUUUAAUGAUGGUCACCAACACAAAUGACGUCCAUCUGGCUAGAGAAUAUUGCUAUCCACAGCGGGAACCUAUAGCUAUAGACUAUUCUCUUGCUGGCCUCUACCAUGAUACAGUGCUCCAGCUUACUAGCCAGCAGAAGAAUAAAGACAACUACAACCCCCAAAUUUUUCAUGAUAUCUUGUCCGAGUGUGAGCCACAUGAAUUCUGCAUGAAGAUCUUCACUCAUGCUUUGUAUGCUAACCCCAACAGGAGCAAUGAGGAGUUACUCAAGCUGCACAGCACCUUGCAAGCUUUGCCAAAAUCAUUCAACAGCAUCACUAAGGUGAUGUUCAAGUUCUCUUACAACGAUCUGCCUAAAGAAUACAAGUCCUGCCUACUGUACCUAGCUAUCUUCUCUAUGGGACACAAGAUCAGGCGGUCAACCUUGAUUGGACGGUGGAUUGCAGAAGGGCUGACAUCCAAUGAAGAUUGGCUCAGUUCUGUGCGUCAGGCCAACCAAUGUUUUGACAAACUCAUUGACCGGUGCCUCAUUGAUCCUGCUGAUAUUGGUGCUGCAGGAAAUGUCAAGAGCUGUGUCGUAGGUGAUCUUUUUCAUGGAUUCAUUACCACCAUCGCCAGAAAACAACACAUCGUGGAGACACGGCUGUCACAUCACUUGGCUCGCCACUUCUCCAUUUUCAACGAUCUCCAGCUCCGUGGCUCUGAUAGAAUUGAUAAAUUCUUCCAGGGGCUCUCUGAAUCAUCUCGAGUAUCCCUGCUCAAGGUGCUCGAUCUAGAAGGUUGUCAGUGCUUUGGGAAGAACCGGCAGUACCUCAAGGACAUCUGCAGCAAGAUGUUACUUCUCAAGUAUCUAAGCCUCAGGAGAACAGAUAUUACCGAGCUACCUGGUGAAAUCAACAACCUCCGUGAGCUAGAGGUAUUGGAUAUCCGAGAAACCGAUGUGCCUCCACAUGCAACAGCAAAUAUCCUGCUAUUGAAGCUGAAGCGUCUGCUUGCUGGUCACAUUGAUCUGAAUGCAAGCAAGUUUGGCUCUAGUAGCCGGGUUCCCCGUAGGAUCGGCAAAAUGGUAAACAUGGAGGUCCUAUCUAAUGUCCAGGCCAAGCAUAGUCAUGAUUUGAAAGAUAUUGGAAAGCUAUGGCAGCUGAGGAAGCUAGGUGUGGUUAUUGAUGAUAAGGAUAGCCACCUCAGGAAUUUGCUUCAGACAAUCAGUGACCUCCAUGAGUCCCUCCGUUCUCUGACAAUCACUGCUAGUGUUCCGGUAGCCACACAAUGCGAGGGUACUCCUUCCAGUGCAGAGUCACCAGAUGGCAUUGGCUCUCUCCUAAAAAACCAUCCGAAAAGUCUUGAGAGUCUAAGCAUCAGGGGAAUCAGUCUUGUUCCAUUGUUCAUGAAAGGUAACAACAACAAACUUGCCAAGGUAACUCUUAGUAGCACCCUGCUGAGCCAAGAUGAUCUGGAAGUCCUUGCCAAGCUGCCCAAGUUACGGUGUGUCAGGCUCCAACAUAUUACAUGCAACGAGCCCGCGCUCAACUUCAAGAAGGGUGAAUUCAGAUGCCUCAAGUACCUUCUUGUUGAGGACUCGGACUUGACUAUCACUUUUGAGCAUGGAGCAGCAUGUGAGCUCGAGAAGAUGGUUUUGUCUUUCAGCAAAGGUUCUAUUUCUGGAGUUGACAGGCUUCCAAACUUGAAAGAGCUCGAGUUGAAUAACAGCUUCUGCGGCAGGCUGCUAUCAUCAUUUGGCAAUGUCUCACAAAUAGCCAAGCUGACUCUUCGUGGUACAUUGCUAGAGCGAGACGCUCUACAAAUACUCGCCAAGAAACCAAAUCUACGAUGUCUCGUGCUCUUGAACGAGUCUUUUGGUGGAAUACAGAAUGAGAUUACAUUAAAAGAUGAGUUCUUAUGGCUCAACCAUCUUGUUGUUGACUGCUCGGCCAUCACCAGGAUCGUCUUCACCAGCGGAUCUGCUCCUAGGCUUGAGAAGAUUGUCUGGUCAUCUUUCACAUCUCUCUCCGGUAUCCACAAACUUCCCAGUUUGAAGGAGCUUGAAUUCAACGGUGGUCAAGUCCCCGAUGAGGUGAGAGAGGGCAUUGAAAAGCAUAAAAACAAGCCUAGCCUUAAACUUAUGGACCAAAAACUUUAAGACUGAGCAAAAGGAGAUGAACAAGAGGACGACGACGAUGCUGCAAGAUUCUCUUUCUGCUGGAAAGAAACAGGUUCGACGCUGGAAGGGCCUCUUCUCCUUUGAUCCCAUAGUGUGGUUUGCGUGUGCUAGUGUGGAUUGCAAUCUGUUCUGCUUGUAUGUUAAUUUCUUUCUGCUGUACAACUAAGUAUGUGUGUUUACUUUCUUCACAUGGGUGCCUUGUGACUCUGACUGGGCAUAAAUGGUCGCAUCUAUGCUUGGAUUUGAAUUUGUGUGGCUUUCCUCUGUAUCGAACAUCAUAUGUAUUCAUGUAAUAAGUGCAAUGUUUGUGCACACAUUUGACUUCUUAUUAAUGUAAAGUGUGAUUUCAA